CGGCGCGCCAGUCACUCUCAGUUCGAACGGCGCGUGAAACGGUUAUCGCUCGCUCCACCGGCGCUCUCUCGUCGCUCGCCCCACUGAAGCCCGCAUUUAACAGUUGUUUUGCUGCGAAUAAGAGGCGAAAGCAAAGAACCGAGGAAGAUCGAGACGCAGAAGCAAAGGGAAGCACAGAUGACAAAGAUGACAAAAAUGGGCGGAAAUUUGGCAGUGAUGCUGCUGUUGCUGUUUUUGAGUGUGUUGGCCACGGGCAACGCCAACUCCAUACCGACGACCACAACGCCUCAGGGCGUAUUUGAAACACGUACGGACAAGCUGCCCGGCGGCCCUGCCAGCCUACCCAGUGGAGCUGGUAUUUACGACGACAUAGAUACCUUUGUGCCCUUCCGGAGCGACUCGCACGAUCCGUUCUCAUGGCACCUACUCAAAACCGUGCUGCAGAACGAAACGGCCGAAAAGAACGUGAUCAUCUCGCCGUUCUCCGUGAAGCUGGUGCUGGCCCUGCUGGCUGAGGCGGCCGGAGCCGGAACCCAAACGCAAGUGGAGCUGGCCAACACGCAGACAGACAUUCGAUCGCAGAACAAUGUGAGGGAGUUCUACCGCAAGACCCUCAACUCUUUCAAGAAGGAGAACCAGCUCCACGAGACGCUCAGUGUGCGCACUAAGCUCUUCACGGACAGCUUCAUCGAGACGCAGCAGAAGUUCACGGCCACACUGAAACACUUCUACGACAGCGAAGUGGAGGCGCUGGACUUCACCAAUCCCGAGGCGGCGGCUGAUGCCAUCAACGCUUGGGCCGCCAACAUCACGCAGGGCAGACUCCAGCAGCUGGUCGCUCCGGACAACGUGCGCAGCAGCGUGAUGCUGCUGACCAAUCUGAUCUAUUUCAACGGUCUGUGGCGGCGGCAGUUCGCCACCACAUUCCAGGGUGCCUUUUUCCGCAACAUGGACCAAUCGCGGGUAGAGUUCAUGGAGCAGACCGACUACUUUUACUACACCACCUCGGAGAAGCUGAAGGCGCAGAUUCUGCGUCUGCCCUACAAGGGCAAGAACUCCCUGUUCGUGCUACUGCCCUACGCCCUAAAUGGCAUCCAUGACCUGGUCAAGAACCUGGAAAACGACGAGCUAAAGAGCGCGCAGUGGGCGAUGGAAGAGGUGAAAGUGAAGGUGACGCUGCCAAAGUUCCACUUCGACUAUCAGCAAAACCUCAAGGAGACGCUACGCAGCCUGGGUGUGCGCGAAAUCUUUGAGGACAGUGCAUCGCUGCCGGGAUUAACACGCGGCGCUGAUGUCGCCGGCAAGGUGAAGGUGUCCAACAUCCUGCAGAAGGCGGGAAUCAAUGUGAACGAGAAGGGAACGGAAGCCUACGCUGCCACCGUCGUGGAGAUCGAGAACAAGUUCGGAGGCAGCACCACCAUCGAGGAAUUCAACGUGAACCGGCCGUUUGUGUUCUUCAUCGAGGAGGAGUCUACCGGGAACAUAUUGUUUGCCGGAAAAGUCCACUCACCCACCACCCAGAACUAAGCCAUUGAGGCGGUUUUAUCCUUAAAUAUGCAAUAAAUCUACAAACAAAUAUGA